AUGGAACACCCGACGCCCGACAACAACUUGGAAAACACUCCGUGGUCCAACUCAGAGUUGGACAGCUGGAGAACCGAUGUUCUCAGACAAUCUGAAUCAUUCUUCGUGACUUCGUCCCCCGAGCCCUUGGCCGUCUCAACAAGCGUACCAGCUGUCGGCGACCCCUCGUACAACUAUCAAUUACAGUUUCCAGCGAUGCCAGUUAUCCGAAAUUUUGUUCCACCUCCUACCCCGGUUCCUUCGGUAUACCUGAGCCCAAACGCCUUUCCUAAGCCCAUCGACCAAAGUAACCCAGAGCCUGUGCCGGUUCAUAGCAACACUACAGCUUUGGCUCUAGAUAAUCCCUAUCACGAUGGCUAUCCAUGUUCUUGGAUUGAUUUCACUCCAUCCCCUUCCGCACCGAAACUUCCCGGUCCUAACAAGGAGACGGACAUAAAGCCUACUGCAGCAUACCUAUGCCCAAACACCAUCACCAGACCCAUCAAUAGGAGGAGCCUAAGCUCCGCGUCGAUCCAUAGCAGCAGCACCGCUAUUUCCCCCGCAAGCCCCUACGAUCCUGGCUGUCCAAGUCCCUGGACCGACGUCACUUCUUCGCCUUCCGCAUCAAACCGAGCGGGUCCUCUGGAAGAGGUUAGCAAGAAGCCUGCCAAGACUAAUAGGGCCUGCCUUACUCAUGGGGUAUCUAAACAGAACCACAGCGAUCUUUACGGCACUUUCAAGUGUGAGUGGGUAGGUUGUACCUAUGAUCGUUUCUUCUCGCGCAAGGGAGUCCUGAUGCGGCACAUUGAGACGCAACAUGUCUCUCCGGGCGCUUUCAAAUGUCCCUCGUGCGAUCACGCCGCCAGUCGGAAGGAGAACCUCAGAGCACACCGACAGUCAAUUCAUAAGGAAACUUUUUAA